AUGUUCUCCUUCCAACAACCUCAACACGCUCCACCACCAAUGCAAUCGGCGCAACAGCCAUUCGUGCCACAACUCCCCCAGCUGCCUCAGCAACAGCAGCCUGUAUACCCUCAGAUGCAGCAAGUACAGACAGGCGAACCAUCCGCCUUCAUGUUCACCCCUCAAACGCCCUCCAGAGGGCCCAUAACGUCCGAAUUCGCUUCUCCGGCACCUCAGCCACCCUUGACUGCAUUCGAUCUACGACCCGCAACCCCCGUACACAGAAGAACAGCGGGUACUGAGCCAACACAAUGGGGUUCCUCAUUCGCCACGCGCCGUGAACCACGCGAGGACGCAUUCGCCUGGGGUGGUCAGGAGCAGCCUCGAAAGCAAGGCUUCGCUCCAUCGCAUUUGACGCAUCUGCCACUGCGGUCCAAUAUGGCGAAUGAGCGCUCAAGUCCAAACCUGGAGAAGAGCGUCAGUUUCGCGCGUGAUACACGUUCUGGGUCACCGAGUGCGCUUAGGCGGUCGUCGCAUGGUAAGCCGCCCGCGGUUGAGCAGCAACCGAUGUGGGGAUCUGGGUUCGGUGCGCCGAGGUUGAAUGUUUCUGUUAAUGGUGGUACCGGUCCUGGAGGGAAUGACUACGUUGAUUGGGCUACGCGACGACAGAUCAUGGAGGAUGACGCCCCGCCUGUCGAAUCCUUCUAUGACCUCCGCAAACAGGACGACAAAACCAACAAAACAAAGAGAUGGAUCCCUGCGACUGCUGGAUUGGAUGUUACGGCGCCAGUGGAGGACAAAGCUCCUACCCCCGAACCCGAACAAAUCGACGAAAAACCCACCGAAGUUAUCCUCUUCGGAUUCCCACCCAGCCUAACCCACCACAUGCUCGAAAUCUUCUCCCGCUACGGCACCAUUCUCCGCUCCCACGCUUCCAACUCCGGCUCGGCCGGUAGCAAGGGCAUGAACGAGAUGGGCGCCAACUGGCUUAAGAUCACGUAUGCUGAUCCCAUGGCUGCGUCCCGUGCCGUGGCUGCGAAUGGAACGUUGGUGGGGGGACAGUACAUGGUUGGGUGCGUGUAUGCCGAUCCGGACGAAGCGAGGAAGACGAUUACGAAAGCGAUGACCGAGCCCGCGCGGACGCCGACACCGACGAACACGACUACGGACCUUCCGACAAAACUUGGGUUCGGUGCGGGCUCGGUAUUCAGUACGGGUGUGUCGAAGAGGGUUGCGUUCGAUGAUGCGAUGGAUGUGGAUGUGGAACCCGUCAAGCCGGCUACGGAGCAGAGGAAGGAACAAUAUGGGCUGAUGUCGCGUAGUACGACUAUGCCCGCCCUUUCCAACGGCGGUGGUAUGGCCAGAAGCACAACAAUGCCAAACCUCUCCGAACAACCCCUCACCCCCGGCCCUGCCGGCCCCGGCAAACGCAUCGAAGUCAUCCAAAAAGGCGACGCAAUCUUCGCUGACCACAAAGAAGGCACGGUAUGGUCUCGUGGUCUUAGCUCGAUCUCGUCUUAUAUCCCUGCCGUGAUUCCGGCGGUGAUUACGGGAAGUACGAGGCCGAUGCACACAAUGGAGGAGGUGAUGGCGGCGGCGAAGAGGAAGGCGGAGGAGGAGGUUGUUGCGAUUAAGGAGGAGAGAGGGUGGAUUGGAAAGACGGGGAAGAAGGUUUUGGAGGGGUUGUUUGGGUUUUAA